AUGGUGUCUUCAACACAAGAUCAUGAUUCAAGCGCAACACAUACAAGGCCUACAGAACAAGAUAGCCGACUUCGAGUCUCGCCGUCAGUUUUUCAAGAAUCAAUGGAUGAUCCGACCGCAAGUAUUUCAACAGAUUCAACAACACUGGGGCCCAUUCAGUAUAGAUCUCUUCGCAGACAGGACGACAAAGUUAUUACCAAACUACGUGUCGUGGAUGUCGGAUCCGGAAGCUCUCUACACGGAUGCUCUGUCCUUCCCAUGGACCCACUUCCAGAAUCCCUACGCAAAUCCUCCCUGGAAUCUCAUCUCACGGGUUUUGAACAAGAUCAGACAGGAACGUCUUCCGUUGGUGACUCUGGUGGUGCCCUACUGGCCCAGUGCUCUCUGGUUCCCUAA